AUGGAAGAGCCAAUACUAGAGGAGUCAACAGAAAUAGUGGACCGAAAAAUUGGGUAUCAACGUUAUGGCCAUGGGAACGAGUACAUUCUUGGAAUCUGUGGAGCCGUAGGUAGGAUUUUAACUCCUGACCAAAGCAAGGAAAAUCUUACUUUGGUCAGGAUAGACUCUUCUUCGAAAAAACGGGCAAAAAUUUCAGGAACCUAUAAGAAAGAUUGGCCGUAGCCAGUGCUUCGUGCCUUCGACCCAACCAAAUACACAAUCGUGUGUUUAGACCCGCCCGGAUAUGGUACUAGUCGACCGCCCGAUCGUGUUCAGGAAGUAAAUCGAUGCAAGAAGGACGCUAAAUACUGCAUUGAGUUGAUGAAGGUAGGCAUGCACAUGAUCUCCAGAAAAAUCACCCAUCUUCUGCAGAAGCUAAAUUUAGUUCCGUUUUGCGCAAUGGGAUGGAGCGAAGGUGCGCGGACAUCCAUACACGUGGCCCAUCAAGGCCAAACACUUGUAAAUCGUCUCGUUCUCAUGGCCGCAAGCACUCGCGCUGACGCUCGGGGAGACCAAGGAUUUCAGGGUAGCUCAAAUCGAACUUACCGUAUCUUCCCGCGACCUUUAUUUUAGGCAUUCGAAAUACUGAUCUGUGGUUGCCGGAUAUGCGAGAAAAGUAUUUGAAAUUUUGCACAGAUGAGUUUCUGAAAGUUCAGUGGGCGGCGUUAUGCGAUGUUAUCCAUGAGUAAGUGACCGCUUUCGAAAAAUCUGAAGACCUAUUUUUCCGCAUCUGAAACGUAGGCGAUAAAAAAAUUUCUUGUCAUUUUUAUAAAAUCUGUAUAACUUAUAAAAGCUUUAGAGUCUUUCUAAACUAUGGAGGUCGUUUUCCGUCUGAUAUGAUCCUGCAUAAAAUAAAACAGCCGGUCCUGCUGACCUACGGCGGCGCGGACAAGUUCAUCAUGGACCAGAAAUACUUUAAAGAAAAAAUCCCGCAUCUCAAGUGAGUUGCCUGUGCAAUUAAUCCUUUCUCGAUAAUCUAGCGUCAAAGACAUCGUUUCAGAGAAGCGGUCCACAUGACCGGAGGGCACGAAUUUUAUGUUGCCUAUCCUCGAUGGCUUGCCCUUCGUGUUAACGAAUUCUUCAGACAAACUGGAGGACAGCACUGA